UCCAACAUUGAUCUGCUUUUAUCAAUUUUAAAGCACUUUGAUGGAUUCUUGCAAAAGACUUGCUGAUUUGGUCGAUCAAGCUCGAGCACGUGAACUACCCCCCAGUCUUACUCUGGAAAAAUGUCUUCAACUUCUUAACGAAAUGCAUCAAAUGGGUGUUUAUUAUUCGAGUAAAUGUAUAGACGAGGAAAGGGCUUUUCUUUUCUUUCUUCGAUUUACUAGUGUUGUUGUAGAAGAAUUGCCAAAACAUCCUUGUUAUGCUUCAAUGUCAUUAACAGAUAAAUGUAUUUUAGAUUCAAGAACUAUAAAUGCUAUAAUUAGUGCAGAACAUUUAAAAAGGCGCAUCAGAAAUAGGGGUGAAAUUGAAAGAGAGUCAGCAAAGAGUGCAACUGCGGGAAAUUUAGAUCAACAACAAGUAGCAACUACAAGUAGGGCGUCUUCACAAAAUAAUAAUGCUGGGACAGCUCAAGAGUUGGAGCAUUUACUUGUUCCGGAUCAAAUGCUUUGCCCGUAUGUUCGUUGUCAUCUUGUUUCUAUGCAGCCAAUUGUCUUUCAACGGGUUAUAAUUCCGAACAAUAUUCCCGAAUUAUUUCUGUCACAAAUCAAACCUGAUUCAGCAACAAAUAGUGGAGCUUUUGCUUUAUUAUAUGGAAGAUUAGUCAGCAAAAGUGUUAUCGUCUCUAAAUUAUUACCUUGUUCACUCGAUACAAUCCGAAAUUACCGGCGUUUUGUUCCAGAUCCUGAUUCACCAGAUGAUAUUCCAAUUGUUGGAUGUAUUUGCUCAUCUCUAACUAAAGCUUGUCAAGCUGGAUUUUUUCGUGUUUGUCAAAUAUCUGAAAUGGUUUGCAUUGUUUGCCCGCCUGGUCCAAAUCGAACAGUUCUUUUGCAUUUGGUUAAUAUGUCGCCAUCUGGUGGUGCUUCUCCAGCAAAUGCUAAUUGUUUAACCUCAUCAGGUGUUUCUGUAUUACCUUGCCAGCAUCAGCAUAUCACGGAUUCGAUUGUGGCAUCAAUUGUGCGUCUAGAAAAUAACGCUCCCACUACAAUCACUAGCUUAUAUCAACAACAGCAGAAUGGUAUUGGAUCAUUAUCAUCUAUCGGCGUUGAUGUUGAGAAUAACAAUCCUGGCCUAAAUCCAAAGGGCAACAACGUACUAAAGAUUUCUCCAAAACUAGAACCUCCAAGUGACGAUAUUGUCGCAUUGCCAGGGCCAGAAGCCAGCAUUGGUGGAAACAUUAAUAGUAACAACGGAAGUAAUUCAGCGAGCUAA